AUGUGCCACAAGAAGAAGAUCAAAUGUGAGUUUGACGAGUCUGCCGGGACCUGUAUGCAAUGUAUGCGCCGUAAUCAGAACUGCAAAAUCCUCUCCGGCGGGGAGAAGCAUAAAAGAUCGCGUUAUGUAAGGGGUUUAGAGGAGCGCCUAAGGAAGACCGAAGCUUUACUCAGGGCCGCUGGACUAUCGGUAGAAACCGCAGAUUUCGGCAACAACAGUAGCCACUCGGAAGAUGAGACUGAAGAUGACAAUUCUAUGGAUGGCGAAGACGUCCCUCCAAGUCUUCAUCAGGACUUCGUGCGCAAUGCCGAGUCGGAAAACACAUACAUCGGCAGAGCCUUUGUCGAAAGACAUCCGCCCAAGCCAGGAUAUCCAGAUUUCCCAUCCGACCGAAAUGCGUUGACUAAACCUCAUGAGCGCAGGCGCUCAGCGACGAAAGGUGGGCCACCGGUAUACAAGGUAGAGAAAGGAAACUCGCUGUACUAUGGACGAUCCUCGCCUCUGUCAAUUUUGACCCGGGAAGGAGUGGAGUGGAUCAAAAAGAGGUCCGGCGAAGGGAACUCUCUUAAUUCACUGUUAUCAAAUUCGAAUUCGAAUUUUGAUAGUCCUUGGGCCCAAUGGCGGCCUGAUGUAUUCCACGAUUUGUUCGCCUCAAAAGUCUUCAAGCCACUUCCACCGAGGGCAGAGGUAUUCUCUCUGCUCCAAGACUAUUUCAGGACCGUGAACCUCAUUUUCCCAUUGUAUCACGAGAAGACGUUCAUGCAACUAGUCGAAUGGCAGUAUACUCAGCAGGCCUGCGACGAUGCGGCUCGGUGGGCCAGUAUCAAUAUCAUGCUUGCCCUCGCUUACGAGUAUCGCUUCUCAAAUAGUCAGAAGUCGGAAAAAGAUAGGGAAAAGGCGUGGCUAUAUUACAAGAACGCGCUCUCAGUCUUUCCCGAGCUUGUACUACGACGGACGGACCUACUGAGCGUUCAAGCCCUUCUCGGUAUGGCAAUAUUCCUUCGAGGUAACUCUGGCUCCCAGGCGACAAUGCCCAUUGUGACCGCCGCCAUACGAGCGUCUCAUCGCAUGGGGCUUCAUCGUGAAAACCCCCGGCCUCAUCUAUCUAAGCUAGAGCAGCAGCAGAGAAGGAACGUGUUUUGGAUCGCAUAUAUUAUUGAUCAGAGCAUAUCUAUCAGACUAGGGAGUGCGCCGACGCAGCAGCUUGACGAUUAUGAUGUCGAUUUUCCUUCCGAGGAAACCGAGGGACUGAUGAUCGUUGACAACAAGUCAGUUUUUCCACAAAUCUGCCGCGUUUCAGUCAUCAGAAGCCGUACAUACAAGCACUUUUACUCAGCGCGGGGCUUGGAAAAUAAAUCGACAGCUGAAAUUUGCGAGACGGUUCACAAGUUACACGCCGACUUACAGGACUGGAAGAGGAACAGCCAGUUUGAAGCCUUGCUCAGGCAAAGGGGUAGCGGCGAAGACUUCCUGGCCGGAUUUGCUUCCGCUGGCCUGUUUUUGAUAUACAACAACACUCUCAUGAUGAUUCACCGCAUCCCAAUGCUAAUGAACUUCGUGUACCAGUCACGGACCGAUAGCGUUCCACAAAUAGACAUGAGGCUCAUACUGAACCAGUCCGCGUCCUCCGCGAUUAUCUGCGUUCAGGCUGCAAGGGAUAUCCUCAAAUCAAUAAAUCAUCUACCCUGGGGCGAUGUUGCCUGGAUAUGGUCCUUACUCUAUUAUGUGUUCUUAGCAGUCAUGACAGUCUUUGCCAACAUCCUCCGCAACAGCCAGCAGCCAGCCGCCAAAGACGAUCUGCAAUCCUUGAACAUGGCAGCGACGUUCUUCGCCACGCUCGUUCCAGCCGACGGGCCAUGCAACUACGCGCGAUUCAUGACACGCAUGAGCACGACCUUCGAGCGCAUCGCCCGCACUGUCCUUGAACGAGAGCAGAAGACGAUCAGACCAGGCGCAGAUCCGGAUGGCAGAGGGAAAGCCUCUAAAACUCGCGGAGCCCACAGCACGCAAGCCACAACAACAUCACAAACCCAACCCCAAGCUCAAUUCCAAUCAACAUCCACAUCCACAUCCGUCAACAUCCCCAACCUUGAAGGCCUACCUCCAAUCAACUCCUCCGGCUAUGUUGUGCCCGAGAGUCCGACGUCCAGCCCAAGCCAAACCCCACCUCCUCUAUCUUCAGGUCCCAGCAACACAUUUUCAACCCGACCACCACCAUACCCACACACAUCAAAUCCUCCAAACAUAAACCAAUAUCAAUCUACACUCCGCUCCCAACAACCCCCCUACACAUCGUCAACCUUCCACACAAACACAGCUACAGCUACCUUCUCAUUUCCCACCCCAACAGACGCUUCCACCACAGCCCCGUUCACAUUCCCUCUCUCGCAACCCGGGCCCGACCUAUGGCAGAUCCCUCUCACAGCAGACUGGGAGUUCGGCUUUGAAGGCCAGUUCCUUGGAAUGGGCAUGGGUAUGAACAUGGACAUGAAUAUGGGUAAUAUGUUCCCGCAACAGGGCUUCCCUUACCAGGGACCGGGGUCAGAGACCAUGGGCAUGAACUCGGCAGCUGCGACUACCGCCGUCCCUGUGUCCUCGGUGCCGGUGUCCGUGCCAACAAUGAUGAAUGGGACGGUGCCUGUGGGGUACGGAUACGGAAGUGAGAACCAGAGCAACGGCGGUCCUGCUUCCACGUCUGGUCCUGGUCCCCAAUCACAGCCGCCGAUGUGGUUCGGAGACGCGUUUUAG